AGACGGGCCGCAGGAAUGAUUGCUCAGAGGAGCACCCCCUCUCAGUCGGGGUUGGGCACAUGUGGGCACAGGACAAAGCUGAGAUGCUCCAAUCCGUUACCGUGGCGUUCUCUCACCCAGGCCAUUCAUGGCUUCCGGGAAACAGAGAUAGCCCAGUGGAGCGAGGCGAGCCGGGAAAUCCUGCAGCGGGUCCGGGAUACGGCCUUCCUGCCAGGGAUGUCGCAGCUCUCGCUAGUCCACGUCCUCGACCUGGAUAAAAGCGGCUACAUCAAACCUCACGUAGACAGUGUGAAGUUUUGCGGCUGCACAAUUGCGGGCCUGUCCUUGCUGUCCUCCUGUGUGAUGCGGCUGGUCAGCGAGCAGAACCCAGAGGACUGGAUGGACCUGUUGCUGCCGCGCCGCUCGCUGUACAUCCUCAGAGGCACGGCUCGCUACGAGUUCACCCACGAGAUCCUCAAAGACGAGGAGUCCUUUUUUGAUGGCCAGAAGAUCCCCCGAGAGAGGAGGAUUUCCGUCAUCUGCAGGAACCUGCCAGCUCCUACGUAGGCCAGGCUACAGAUGCUAGUGGAGCUGUGGGAUUGGAAACAGCCUUCCUCUCCUCUCCGGGCUGGAGCAGAGCUGAAUGUUUUCAUUUUUCGCUCCAGCCUGCUCAAAGGGACCUGUCUGUGGGGGUUUGUAGCCAAGACUAAACCAGGGGACUUCUCCCCUCAACACGCGACCGUGGAGGAGUCUGCGGAUGUGUGUACCCUCGACAACCACCCAGGUACCUACUGUGUCAUCAGCAGUGCAAUUCACGAAUGAUUUAAUGCGCCGUGUUGACUACCCACAGGGCACGGGAAGCUGCAGAGUCCAUGUUAAACCCAACAAGUGAAAUCUAAAAUAGAAACAUCUCUCCUGCAAUCUUUGUUACGGGGCCUGGGGUGACUUUACCAAGAGCAGGUAAAUAGAAUUCAGACAGAAGUAUGCCACUUUUGUUUGUUUUCAAAGGGAACCGCUGGCGAAUUUUGGUGAAUUUCCCUCAGUAAAAAUAAUUUAUUUUAA